AUGGAGGCUCGUCGUCGUACGGCUGUACUCCGCGUGAAGCGGAAACGCGGCGAGGAGCCUGCCGAGGCUCUGGUCCUCGCUUGUAAACGCCUCCGGAGCGAUGCCGUGGAGUCGGAGGCCCAAAACACGCCCCCUGAGGUUCUGGAGAAAGCACCAGAGAAGAACAUCUUCCAGUUGGUGGCUACCGUGUGCUCCCAGGAGGAGCCGGUCCAUCCCUUCCUGCGGGUCGCUCUGCCCCCACCCUGGGGCACCCAUCAGCGUAUCCGCCACGACAUCCGCGCGUCUACUCGGAAGAUCCAGCAGGAGGGUCGCUACAGGGUAGUCUGUAGCCGCCGAUCCGUGGACAUUCCUUUGGAUGACCUGGAGCCGGAGGACGUGCUGGGAAACCCAGAAGCCGACGGUGAAGCACGCUUCCAGCUGUUGGAUCUGGUCCACGAAGAAGGAGACCCAGAGGCCUCUGCUGCCGCCGCCGACUCCUACAAAGUAGCUGACCCAGAUGUGAUACUUUGUAAUUCUGUAGAGAUGAUCCGUGAGCGGUUGACUAUAUCGGAGGAUGGACCAAGUGCCGGGCAGCAGAAGGAACAGAAGGAUGACUAUGUGUAUGACAUUUACUACUUGGAGACGGCCACUCCAGGAUGGAUUGAGAAUAUCAUCUCUGUGAAGCCCUACAGCAAGGAGUGGGAGCUGGUGAAUGAUGAACAACAACUAGAGGACAUUUAUGAAGAUGAAGAUGAUGAGAAUAGUGAGAAUAAUUGGCGCAAUGAGUACCCAGAGGAGGAGAGCAAUGACGGUGAUGACUCCAGAGGCUCUGAUGAAUACCACAGCCUCAGUGAAGAGGAAAGAGACGAUAGCAGACCACAGGAGGGGAGCAAAUACCCUUUGGAUGUGCAGAAGGAGUUUGGCUAUGACAGCCCUCGUGACCUGGACUCGGACUGA